AUGGCUUGCCUCUUCUAACAUGGAAGGUGAUGCACUGCACAGUUUGAGAGCUAAUCUAGUUGAUCCAAAUAAUGUCUUGCAAAGCUGGGAUCCUACGCUUGUUAAUCCGUGUACUUGGUUUCAUGUAACGUGCAACAAUGAUAACAGUGUUAUAAGAGUCGAUCUCGGGAAUGCAGACUUGUCUGGUCAAUUGGUUCCUCAGCUUGGCCAGCUCAAGAACUUGCAGUACUUGGAGCUUUAUAGUAAUAACAUAACCGGGCCGGUUCCAAGUGAUCUUGGGAAUCUGACAAACUUAGUGAGCUUGGAUCUUUACCUAAACAGAUUCACUGGUCCAAUUCCAGACUCUCUGGGAAAGCUAUUCAAGCUUCGCUUUCUUCGGCUCAACAAUAACAGUCUCACCGGACCAAUUCCCAUGUCAUUGACUAAUAUCACGUCUCUUCAAGUUUUGGAUCUGUCGAACAACCGAUUGUCUGGAUCUGUUCCUGAUAAUGGUUCCUUCUCGCUCUUCACUCCCAUCAGUUUUGCUAACAACUUGGAUCUAUGCGGCCCAGUUACUAGCCGUCCUUGCCCUGGAUCUCCCCCGUUUUCUCCUCCACCACCUUUUAUACCACCUCCCAUAGUUCCUACACCAGGUGGGUAUAGUGCUACUGGAGCCAUUGCGGGAGGAGUUGCUGCUGGUGCUGCUUUGCUAUUUGCUGCCCCUGCUUUAGCUUUUGCUUGGUGGCGUAGAAGAAAACCUCAAGAAUUCUUCUUUGAUGUUCCUGCCGAAGAGGACCCUGAGGUUCACUUGGGGCAGCUUAAGCGGUUCUCUCUACGGGAACUUCAAGUAGCAACGGAUAGCUUCAGCAAUAAGAACAUCUUGGGACGAGGUGGGUUUGGAAAAGUCUACAAAGGCCGUCUUGCUGAUGGAACACUUGUAGCAGUCAAACGGCUUAAAGAAGAGCGUACCCCAGGUGGCGAGCUCCAGUUUCAGACAGAAGUGGAGAUGAUAAGCAUGGCCGUUCACAGAAAUCUUCUCAGGCUACGCGGUUUUUGUAUGACCCCUACCGAGAGAUUGCUUGUUUAUCCUUACAUGGCUAACGGAAGUGUAGCUUCCUGUUUGAGAGAACGUCCACCAUCGCAGUUGCCUCUAGCCUGGCCAAUAAGACAGCAAAUCGCGCUAGGAUCAGCGAGGGGUCAGAGAGCUUUUGAUCUUGCAAGACUGGCGAAUGACGAUGAUGUUAUGCUCCUAGAUUGGGUGAAAGGGCUUUUGAAAGAGAAGAAACUGGAGAUGCUUGUGGAUCCUGAUCUGCAGAGCAACUACACAGAAGCAGAAGUAGAACAGCUCAUACAAGUGGCUCUUCUCUGCACACAGAGCUCACCUAUGGAACGACCUAAGAUGUCUGAGGUUGUUCGAAUGCUUGAAGGUGACGGUUUAGCUGAGAAAUGGGACGAGUGGCAGAAAGUAGAAGUUCUCAGGCAGGAGGUGGAGCUGUCUUCUCACCCCACCUCCGAUUGGAUCCUCGAUUCUACGGAUAAUCUUCAUGCUGUUGAGUUGUCUGGUCCGAGAUAACGACAUUGUAAUUUGUCUAACAGAAACGAGAAAGAACAGAGAAAUGUUAAGAAAAAUCACUUCUCUGUAUUCUUUUUAUUUCUUUGGUGGAAAAAAUGUAGUCUCUAAUCAAUCUUCGUCCAUAAC